ACCCUGCUGCCGUGCAGCGACCAUUGCUCGCCUCGCUUGAGGCCUCCCGUUCUCAUCGUCUUGCGUCGGAGCGGAAUACCUUUUUUGCGGGAAGUACAUGCACUUUGCAGUGCGGACGCGGUGCGAUGCCAAAAAAGGAACGCGAUGAGGUCCUCGCAGAGCUCGCCUCGCGGAUAUUCUCCACUAUGGUGGAGGAGACUUUGAUGGACGUUGUCCUCGAGUCACACCAGGCGAUCUCGCGUUCGAAGACCGUUUGCCCAGUGUGCCAUACUUACUGUAAAGCAGCCCAUACGUCUGGUCCUUCCGGUACCGCUUCCCAACCUGCGGCUUCCUCCUCACGACUGCCCACACCUUCAGAUGAAGCCAAGGCCACAGAUCAAAACAGCCCAGCUGGAACUGGAAUGAGCACACCAACGAAUGGCAAGAGCAACGGCAACAUCCUGCUGGAAUGUGUCAAUUGCAAACGACAGAUUGCCUCGAACCGUUAUGCCUCACAUCUUGGCGAUUGCAUGGGGCUGGCCAACUCGCGCAGGGGUGCUGUUAGGAGUGCCACGACGAAGACUAAGCUGGCUUCUGAUGCUGGCAGAUCGGCAUCGCCAUACGUUGCUUCCGAGAACGGAGCGCUGUCGGACGAUGGCAAGACCACUACAUCCGGUAGAAACAAGGCAAAGUCAAGAACCAAACGAGCAGACGAAGCUGAGUUUAAUUUGCACCGAAAACGGCCCGGCUCUCCAACACUUUCUCCGACGAAGAAGUCGAAGAAAGCGAAGACCACAGGCUCGCCCAUUUCACGCGUAAAAGGGGACACCGACGUGCCAGGUUCUCCAUCCACAAACUCUCUCCCACUUCCACCAUCAAGUUCGCUCACAAGAGUGCCCUCGAAACUCCGCGAAUCCUCCAUCGUCUCGUCUGUUAACCGCGAUCGGCGCUCGUCCUCGCCAGAGUCGCCCUCUCGGUACUCCUCCCCCGCCCGGUCUGUAUCCACCCUCGCAUCUGCUCCUUCGAUGCAGAGCCCGACGCUCGCCGCAAGCAAGGUGCAGAAGCCAAAGGGAGGUAGAAAUGGCAAGCCGCCGCCAGCGCCGCCGAGACGGCUCAGUCCUCCACGACCGCCGCCUCCGCCUCCGAUCAUCCGGAUGCCGGAGCCAGACUAUCUCGUCGACGUCGAAGGCGACGAGACGGGAUCGUCGACCGACACGGAUAGCUCCUAGGGCUACGCAUCUUCGACGUAAAUAGUCACUGAUCUAUCAGAACUUCUGGCACUACCAUCGAGUUUCUGCCGUCAUUCUUGUUUUGGCGUUGUGUUUCUGCUGUCGAUUUGCAAGCUGUGUAUAAAUGUCUACUUGGAAAUGUUACUGGAUACAUUCAUUCAAGCC